AGAAAGAGAGAGAGAGAGAAACAAAGUAGCAAGUCUCUUUUCACCCAGCUCUGUGCGCGAACUUCUAGGGCUGGAGGGGGGUAUGGAGGGGAGGGGGGAAGCAGCUGCAGAUCUUAGAGCUGAGAUCUCCUCUCUCUAGUUUAUUAUUAUUAUUAUUUGAAUUCCCCCCUGUAAAAUUUUGGAGGGUGGGUGUUGCACCCUCCCUUUUCCUUCCUUCCCUCUCCAAAGGUUGCUUUUUUUCUUUUAAUCAAUUAUAUUUUCCUUCACACACACACACCCGCCCAUCCACCGCGUUGAAGGAAGAUCCCGUCUUUAUGGUGUGCUGCCCGGAGACCUCUGAGGUCUUCCGGUCCCUCGUUUCUUCAUUUAUUUUUAAAUGUAUAACUUGAUGGGUCUCAACAGCACAACCGGAGCCACCCAGCCCAAUGUCUCCUGUACAUGCAACUGCAAGCGGUCUUUGUUUCAGAGCAUGGAGAUCACGGAGUUGGAGUUCGUACAGAUAAUCAUAAUCGUGGUGGUAAUGAUGGUUAUGGUGGUGGUCAUCACAUGUCUGCUGAAUCACUACAAACUCUCUGCACGGUCCUUCAUCAACAGGCACAGCCAAGGGCGGAGGAGAGAGGAGAACCUAUCAUCAGAAGGAAGUUUGUGGCCUUCGGAAAGCACAGUGUCAGGAAAUGGCGUAACGGAGCAGCAAGUCUACACCCCGAGACCUACAGACCGACUAGCUGUUCCAUCCUUCUUGCAGAGGGACCGUUUUAACAGAUUCCAGCCGACGUAUCCUUACAUGCAGCAUGAAAUCGACCUGCCGCCCACCAUCUCUCUGUCAGAUGGAGAAGAGCCCCCUCCUUACCAGGGGCCCUGCACGCUGCAGCUUCGCGAUCCAGAGCAGCAAAUGGAACUCAACAGGGAGUCAGUCCGAGCACCUCCCAACAGAACCAUCUUCGACAGUGACCUGAUAGACAGCUCAGUAUACGGAGGCCCCUGCCCUCCAAGCAGCAACUCGGGCAUCAGUGCAACCUGCUAUGGGAGCAGCGGCAGGAUGGAAGGGCCCCCUCCCACGUACAGUGAGGUUAUAGGUCAUUUCCCAGGCUCGACGUUUUAUCAGCACCAACAGAACAGUGGGAUGCCCUCUAUACUCGAGGGGGGCAGGCUCCACCCUUCGUCGCAGUUCAGUAGCCUUGAGAGCACAACGGUGUGGAACAAAGAGAAAGAGAAGCAAAAAGGGCACCCCUUUUAAAAAAGAAAAAAAUGAUAUAAAACACUCUGCACUUGUUAACCGGGGCGGGGGGGGAAGAGAUAUUGAGAGACGGGGAAGCCGUGUAUGAAACGAAACACCCUUCUCUAUAUAAAUAUUUACAUGUUAUGUUUGGUCUGAAUGCACAAGCCAAUGAAGCUUGCAAAAAUAUUUCUUUGUUGAGUUCUGUCUAGAAGGGUUGGGGGGGGGUUGUUUUUAAAGAAAUCUACAGCGGUCCUUUUUCUCUCCCCCCCCUUCCCCCUGGUUUUGUUUCUAGUUGAGCUGCGUGUGUCAAUGCUACAAUAUUUUUGUUGUUGUUGUUUAAUUCACUUAACUUUAAAGACAAAAAUAUUUGCACAAAAACGUUUAAAGAACUGCAAUAUAUAUAUAUAAAAAUAUAAAUAUAUAUUAAAAAUAAGAGAAACUGUAUGUGUGUUGGGGAAGCAGGUAUUUUUAUAUUAGAAGAGGCCUAUUGAGAAGAAGAAGAAGAAAGUUUUUGUUGUGUUUUUUUUUCUGAACAAGAAUUUUAAAAAUGGCAAUUUUUGAGAAGCAACUCAAAAAAGCAUGUAUUACAUUGUAAAAAAAAGAGAAACAAAAACAUAAAAAAACAAAAGCAGGGGUUUAGAGUUAUUUAUAUAAAUGUUGAAAUUUUGCACUAUUUUUUAAUAUAAAUGUGUCAGUGCUUGUGUUGGUCAAAAGCCUCUAUCAUGUCUACCACAAAACUGUUAAGGGAAAUAUGUCUAAAAGUGCAAUCUUAUAUGUGUCUACUCAGAGGUAAGCCUUAUUGAGUUGAAUGGGACUUACUCCCAGGUAAAUGUAUAUAGGAUUGCAGCCGAAGUGAGGACUAAAGAAGAGUCAUGGGGGAGGGAUUGCCUGCAAAACUAAAGUCACAGACCAGUAAGGAACGUCAUGUAAGAACUGCAUCUGAUGCAUCUUUUUUUUUUUAACUCAGAGUCAAUCAAUCAUGUCUCAAAUCUGAUCAUCAUGUCUAUGACACCUGACUACAAGUGCAGUCAGAUACCUAUAUAAAUAUCUGAUUACAGAAUGUACAUGAACUGUAUCAAUUCUGAAAGGUGUAUCAUGCGUGUGUGUAUACAUUACCCCCUUUCUUUUUCUUUUUUUUUUAAAAAAUGCUAUAGUGUCAGAUCGUCAUUUCUGUGUCUGUUUUAAGGGGGAAAGAGACCAUUUAUGCAUAAGUAUAUACAGUAAUACCUCAGUUAACAAAGUAGAUGCGUUCCUAGACAUUACUUUAACAGAAACUUUGGUACCAGAGGUAGGAAUAACAUGGAAAGAAUAGGGAUAUGUUCCUACACUCACUCAAAGAUGGUGGGGGCAGCUUCAGCAUGGGCUUUAAAGCCCACUGCCAGUCCCUCCCUUCUCGUCCUCUGAAUUGUAUUGGAUCCUUCCCUCCACAGCCCUGGGAGAAAGCAAGAGAUCUCUUUAAUGCAAAACAAACACACAGGCUUGUCCCUUUCACCCUAUUAAAACAAAGGUACAGGCGUAUCAGCAAAGGCACAGGCUGGUCAGUUUCAGCUUAAAACAAAGGCACAGGCUUGAAAGUUUAUACAUAGCAAAGCAAAUCUUGUCAGUUUCAUCUUUAGAAAAGCCUUCCUUAAAAAGAGCUUAGUUUCUGGAGGAUUCCUUAACUGAGGUAUUAUUUUACAUCCUUCCCAACUGGACACAGUGCUCAUGUACUUUUUUUUUUUUUGCAUUUGAGUGUCUGUUCCCAGGGACAUAAGGCAGCACAAGAACCCACUCUUGUACAUUCCCUUUGAAAGUAAGGUUUUUUAAAAAGAAAGAAAAAUGAAAAUGUUGCCUGCAUUUGUUUUACUAGUUAUGGUUAUUGGAAGUAUGACAAAAGGGUUUUUAAAAAAAAAAAAGUGUGGAGCUUGAUUCAACAAACAGCAGCACUAUAUGCUUUCACAGUUGCCCCACCCCACCCCAGUUGAAGGUCUGUCUAGCUAUCUCAGGAAUACAGAGCUAGGCCUAAGCAAAGUAUUCCCCAUUCACUUCAGUGUCAGAUACAGCGCUGUGCAUUGUAUAGACCCUACUAGCAAAUGCAGAACUAUGCUCAAAGUGAAAUGGAUGGGGAACUGCUGCCUGAGCAAAUUUUUAUGUGCUCCAGAGCCUCUAAAGAGCACAGGUGGUGUGUUCUUUUGACAGAGCUUUGUAAAACCAAGGCCUUGAGAGAAAGCAAUUAAAAUGGCCCCUUCCACUGCUGUUCCCUCACUAAUUUCAGGAGGGCUAUAAAAGCAUAAGUAGUCAUUAAAAUGCCUUCUUUUUAAUGACCAGGUGAUGACUUCUGAUUGUUGUUGUUUUUUUAAAAAAAAUCAAGCUAAUUUGGCUCUCUUCGUCAAUUCGGGCAAUAAAAAAAGGGGAGGUGGAGUUUCAAGAUCCCACAACUGCCUGAUAGAUAAGUUGUUGUUUCUAAUGCUCUGAAAACCUGUCUUGGAGCAACUCCAUUUUCCAUACAGUUUUGAAUUUCAACUUCUUAAAAGACAGCUGAGCAGAUGGAGAAGGGCAAGGUCCCCAUGCCCCUAAUACUUGUGUAAAAGGGGUGGGGGAGUUAGCAGAUGCAGUUUGCUCUGCAGGGACAUGGAGAUGUGCUCUUCUGACAUCCCUCCUAUUUACACAGCUAUUAAAAUUGGAAGAGCCUUUUCUUCCUUUUACAUCUGCUAUUCUGGGCAUGCAGAAUUACCCUUCCCCCCCCAAGCCAAAUUCAGACCACCAGGUAUAUAAUGUGGCCAGCCAAGUGUACAAAAACCCACCAGGAUUUAUCAAGCUCCCGGUGAAAUUGAGCAUACUCUGUUCCUCUUGGUGGGUCACAAGUUGUGCAAUGUGCAGACCUAACCAGCCUGUUCGAGCCUAUGAAUUGUGGGAAGAAAGCAUAUGAAGUUCUGUUGCACCAGUGUUGACAGUCUUGGGAUCCAAUGCAUCCUUGUGCCCCACUGGCACACUGAAGUACACAGAGGACAUCCAGCGUGGCAGAGCUUUCUCAACUGCCUCUGGUUGUUAAUUGUGUUUUAUUCUAGCUAAAGAGGCACUAUUGGGGUGGAAGGAGGUAGGCAUAGAUGGAAACAUGUCAACUCCUGUUAUGUAUUAAAGGCUAAAGAGUUGUGCUUAAUGUUUGAGAAGCAAAACCUUUACCUCUUCUGAAAGUUGGACUUUGCUCACAAACAUUACCAUUGCAGCAUCCUUCUGUGUCAAGGUUCUGCUCUCUAAUUCUCCUUCAAACAAAUCAGCUCAUGUCCAUCUUUUUAAAGUGUUGUCUCUUUCUCUUAUUUCAUAAAGCAUUUUGUCUUACAAUGCUAUUGUUUACAUUUUUAUAUUGUGUAAAGUUUUGAUCGGUUGCUUUAAUCCUCAAUGGUUAAUUUGUACGUGAUUGUGUGCGAGAGAGUGAGAGACAUAAAUAAUGGAGAGAAAGAGAUAGAAAUAGAUGCAUAUAAGGGAAUGAAACCCCCUUUCUAUCUUGUGCAUAGGUUUUAAUCUGCUGCUUCAAAGGUUGCCAACUCUCCAUAAACAAGCCAGCCUGGCCUGCUCUUCCAUCUUUAACAGUAGCACGAUGGUGAGAAAUUAGCAAGUCACACUUUUCACAUUAUGGAGAUAUAAACAUGAUCACCUAUUGAUGUGUGCAUAUCAUGUCUGCACAGACCAUGGAGGAUAAGUUUGUCAGUGGCCAGUAGGCAUGAUGGCUAAAUGGUACCACUAUGUUAGGAGGUAGUAUGCCACUGAAUAUCAAUUGAUGGAAAGGAGGGGACAAUUGCCUUCAUGCCCUACUGGUGGGCUUCCUGGAGGCAUCUGAUUGGUCACUUUGGGAAGCGGAGAUGGACUAGAUGGACCAGAGCUCUGCUUGUGGUCUUACCUUCCUAGCUGCUGAUAAAGGUACAGCUACAAUGGCUAGCUGAAAAGUUGGCAACCUUCAUGCCUACACAGUUCCUCUGGAUGGGGAAUGCAAGAGCUCCAUCCAUGUUGGAGUAGGGAAUGGUUAAUAGAGGGAACCGUACCAAGUGACCAUUUUUACAAGGAGGUGUAAUUUUGCUUUCUGUCGGAUGCUAACUAGUAAGGUAACAUAAAUGAAAGAUAUAAAGGCAAUAACUUGUUUUUAUGUGACUUUUCUAUUACUUGAAGAAGAAAAAAAGAAAAGGAAAACACAACAAUCCUGAAACCAAUCUGAGAACUGUUUUAAAGUUCUGACCAUUUGCAACGCUAUUUAUAUAUAUUUUAACGAAGAUGAUAGUAACAAAGAGAUGAACUUGAAGUUUUUUCACCAUUUUUUAAAGAAAAUGUUGCGCUUUUUUUGCCUAGUGAUAGGUUCCUGACCCUUUUUUUACAGCCUUGCAACCUGCCUUUCCCCCACCCCAUAGCUCCUUGAUGAUAGCUUUACAACACCUACAAUUUGCAGAUUUUUUCAAGAAAACAAAAACCUAAAAGGAAUUAAUCUUGCUUGGUAUGAAAGGUACAAAGUCAAUGAAUUUAUAGGAGGUUUUUUUUUAAGUAUCUUUCCUUUAUGUAACAUGUCUAUUUAGUGCCUUAUUACAAGAAACAGUAACCCUCCCUUCCUUAAGAAAUAAAUUAAAAAAGGUGUGUGUGGGGGGAAUCCAAUCAUUGCUAAAGAUAGGAACUUCCAGGGUGUGGUCACUUUCCCUUUUAGAUCCCUGGGGUUCCACUUUCCCCAGUUACUUUUUUUAGAGGGUACCACUUCUUUAAAUUGUACCAUUAGCCCCCUUUAGCCCCAGUUUGAUGUGCCUAGCUGCGUAAGGUGCUCCCUCCUGUCUUCUGCCAUCUGUUUUCUUGGGACUGUUUGUAAGGUAACUUGAAUACAUUUUAUGCACAUGUCCUACUCCAGUAGGUAUUAAAACUGUGGUGGAUAUUGUAAUCGAGAAUACCAACCAAAAGACAAAACUGAAAUAUAUCUGCUGCCCUCUUGAGCCAAAAUGAGUGAAUAGUAAUGUUUGUGUUUUUAUUGUUUGUAGUUGUUUUUCUUCUCUGUUCUGUGGUCUUCCUAGUGUGUUUGCUACAAAAAAAAUGCUUACCUCAAUAGGUUUUGGGUGGAAUGUCCAUCACAUAUCUAGAAACUCUGCCAUUGUUACAGAAUCGUCACCAGGACUGGCGGUAGUUAAACGUCACUGGAGUGCCUUGUACGAAAUGGGCGGAGCCUGCUUGGAUUGCCACAGGGCCGGCAUCCAGAGUCAGCAUUGCCAGGCCCACACCCCUUGCAGGAGACCUGCUGCUGACCACCACCCUGAGCCUCUUGGCCCUGCUGCUCCUCUUCUUUGCUGUCACUGUGGUACAUCUGACACACACACCCCAAUACAGGGACAAGAGUUGUGAGAUGGUGCUGAAUUUCUCCACUAGCCUUGCACUCAGAGUGGUUGUGUGGAUUGGUCCCAAAGGGAGAAAGCAAGUGAAUGUGGAGCAGCAGUGACAGUGGUGAGGUGGAGAAUCUCCACUAGGGAAGACCCAGUGGAGACUGGUGGCUCCAGUGUCAGUGUGGAGCGAAUCCGCUCUGGGGUUUAGUCCAAACUUUCAAGGAGCUGUCCAAGGUGCUGAUUCACACACCCCUGCCAUUGUGGCCAUCAGCCUCCGCUAGGAGGACCCCCUGGAAAACAUCUUGCCCAAAGCAACCCCCCACAACAAACCCUAGAGCUGGCACUCUGCUUCCAACAUUGUCCCUGGCCUUGCUCCUCUACUUUUAACAAAAGGCUGACAUGCAGCAGUAAAGGAAGAGGCUUUUCCUGGCAUGGGGGUGGAAAUUAUGGGAAAUGCUUCACCUUUUCCCCAUUCUCUGUCUUGGCUUCUAUUUACUGGGCACUAGUAGAGCUAGAAAAAAGCAUCCCUACUGGCAAGGGAAAAUUAGUAUGAUUUUUUAAGGUUUAUUAUGUAAGACAAUGCAAAAACAUCACCUUUGUAAUCCCCCUCCCCAAAUUGUUAGCUAUCUUCCCUCUUCCCACCCCUCAUUCCUGUGAGAGUGUCUACCUGACCCUCAGUCUUUUAUUUUUGUACCAUUCAACCCUCCAAACUUUGUUGAUCAAUUUAUUGAAUGACCAGUUCUGGUUAUCAAGGACAGUAUUGGUUUAAGCAGGAGUCACUAUAUGACCACACUGAGAACUUUCUUAAACACAAUGGUUUUGAUCAGGUGUGAGGAACCUUUGGCCCUCCAGAUCAAGCUGAACUACAACUCCCAUCAACCCCAGCAAGCAUGGCCAAUGGCCAGGGACAAUGGGAGUUGUAGUUCAACAGCAUCUAGAGGACCAGAGGUUUCUCACACCUGGUUUUGACGGAGAUUGGAUCCAAUUCAAACCACUUAGCGCCGGCAAAGGGUAUGUUGCCUCAUUUGCUGCCCUGGGCUCCUGCUGGGAGGAAGGGCGGGAUACAAAUCAAUAAAUCAAUCAAAUUAAAAUUUGCCCUUCAUUGUCAUUAAAAAGCUGACAGAUGCGUGCUUAUUCCAAGGCCCAAAGCUUCCAGACAUUCAAACAUACACACAGGACAACAAUGGUGUUGACAACUAAUCAUGUUGGAUCUAAUGUUACCUUUUAUCUAGCAGGGUUCCUGUGCCUUUGAGCCUGUGUGGAAGGCAGAAAUUCAACAGGCAAACCUUUUCCCAUCAUAGCACCUCCCUCCCAGGAAGAGACAUACUUGAGCUUUUGCCAGACAUGAAGUUGUUGCAGGGCCAGGAACUCUGCCAGGAGAAAAAAGUGGCAACCUUCAGUGAAUCGUGCCCAUCAGACACUAACCUGCUAAGUAGUUAUUCUGCUCUUGGGGUUUCUCAGGUUAGCUUUUUCACACUUGCUCAAGUGUUUGUGGUAAGAAAUAAUGUUUUUUUUAUCAUUUCCCACCACAAAUAAUUUUGCAAUCAGAUCAACAUAUGUAAGCUGGCAUGCUGGCUGUUUAAACUAGCCAAGCCUCAAAGAGGCUAAGCAUGCCUGUUCUUAGGUGGUUUCUGAAUGGCAGUGUUGACCUUUCCUAUCCUUACAAAACUGGCUGUGCUGUUUGCCAGUUUGCCAGAAACUGUGCAAGAGAUCUCGCUUACAUUGAUGACAUAGAUGCACACAUUUGUACACUUGUGCAUAGUGGGUUGCAUGCAAUCAUUAUAGUAGUCAUAAUUCCAUUAUGUUCCCUAUACCUUAAUGGGAGACCAUGGGACCAUUGAGCCUUUGCUGAUAAAAGCAAAUGGAAUGGCAGGCCUUCAUUGAUAAAAGCCAAUGGAAAUAUUUUGCACGUGACUCAGUCAGAGAAGAAAUGAGCCCUGAAGGAAGAACAACUUAAAAAGAAAAUUUUAAGGAGAAAAGGCAAAGCUUGUAGUUAGCAAGCUCCUGCGUCCAUCCACUUAUAUGUUACAAGUUUCAAAGUCAGUCGUUUUGGAGGUUCUUUGCAUUGUAUCUUACAGUACAGCAAAGAGAAUUCUUAACACCAGUUCCACCCAAACAUUAUGUACUAGAGUCUGAAUGUGUAUUUGAAAAAUUGGCAUGUUUGAACUGGCUCUUCUAAUUAAUUAAGAUUCUUUUUCAUGAUUCUUGCUUUCAACAACUGCAAGCACUGGGUUUAGAAAUCUGAUCCACAAUUCACGUAAGAACGUUUGCAGCUGUUGGGUCCAUGACAUGGGGCAAUGGGAUCCACUCUGGGUUUUAGUCUAAACUAGGAUGGCCAUAAGUGUGUGUGGGGGGGGUAAGAAUAAAAAUAUCAUUCUGAGAAUAUUGUUUUCUUUUUAGUACAUCUGAAUCUCUCUUAAAAAUUGCACUAAAUGCUAUACUUAAUGGAAAGAAAAAGCCCACAAUUUCUCUCUCUCUCCAAGAGUUGAAUAAAAGAAGCCAGAUGUGUAGCAUAAACAUUCUAGUCAAGAACAGAAUUAAUUUGUUUUCUCUUCUAUGAUCUGAGUGGCACUCAGAUAUAUAGUUCCCCCAUGUACUACAUAAAGCAAAAGGGGUUGGGGAGGAAUAAACAAAAUAAAGGUUUUCCAUAAACCGCUUUGAAUUUUUUUGCUGUAAUAUAGAAGCUCAUGAAGGACUACAUUAAAAGUCCUAAUUUGCCUGCCUUAUAGUCACAUUUCAUUGUAUUUUAAUAUUUCCUUCAAUUUCCAGUUGCAUUGCUUUUGGCUUUGGAGUUUGUUAUAGGCAGUCCUGUAUCCUGAUUUUUUUUUUCAAAUUAAAAAAAACUUAUGUAAACUAUAGACAGCACAUGCAAUGCAGUACUUAUCUAUAUUUUGCUGUUUUAGUAUGAAUAUGUACUCUGAUGCCAAUUUCCACAACUCUGUUGUAAAACGCUUCUUGUGUAACAGUAACCGAUGGUGGCAAUGAUAUGUCAUUCUAUUCUUUAAAGGCUGCAAUACUUAAAACAAUAAAUUUUUAAAUACUUUGGA